AUGAAGUUUGCCAUAGCAUCAUUGUUCGCAGCGAGUGCGCUCGCAAUUGAGUACUCUCAAAUUCCAUUCCAACAGACCCCGGAAGUUGAGGGCUUCUCGAUCUACCAAAGUCAAUUCUCUGAGGAGCACUCCAUUCGCAUCAGGCAGCAGCAGAACGACACGCUCUGUGAUGCACGAUCGAAGCAGUACACCGGCUGGCUAGACGUUGGCAACAAGCACAUUUUCUUCUGGUACUUUGAGUCGCAAAACAAGCCAUCUGAGGAUCCUUUGCUGCUAUGGCUUACCGGCGGUCCUGGAGGCAGCGGUUUCAUAGGCAUGCUUCAAGAGAAUGGGCCGUGUCUGAUCAAUAAGAAUGCCAAUGGCACGGUCCAUAAUGAAUACGGAUGGAGCAAGAACGCAAACAUCAUCUACGUCGACCAACCGGCCGGUGUGGGAUUCAGCUACGUUGACAAGGACAUUCCGCUGCCGUCGAACAGUUUUACGGCUGCGGAGGAUAUGCAUCAUUUCUUGCAGCUGUUUACAACUGACAUCUUCCCGGACCUGAAAGGCCGAGACUUUCAUAUCACGGGCGAGAGCUAUGCCGGCCACUACGUCCCAACACUGGGAGCGCAAAUCGUCUCCCAGAACCUACUUUACCCCAAAAGACCGCAAGUCAAUCUCCAAUCCAUCUUUGUAGGCAACGGCUAUGUCUCCCCUCUCGACACCGCUUUUGGCUAUUGGGAGACACUCUGCUCAACAACCCCCGGCGUCAAAGCGCCAAUCUUCAACCAUACACGCUGCGACAUCAUGGCCACCCAUCUACCCCGCUGCAUGAAUCUCGCCAAAGUCUGCUACAACCACCCGGACGUUGAAAUCUGCCAGGCCGCCAGCAAAAUCUGCUGGGAAGGCGUGAUCGAGCACUACGACGGCGAGUCCGGCGGCGCUCCUGGCGGACGCAACAGAUUUGACAUCACGCGUCCAUGCGAAGUCGGCGGCGAUCUUUGCUACCCCAAAAUCGGCAGGAUCAAUGAGUAUCUGAACUUACCAUGGGUUUAUGAAGCGCUGGGCGUUCCUAAAGCCGUGGGGAACUACAGCGUUUAUUCGUACGCCAUUGCUGAGGCGUUCGACAUGACCAACGACGGCGCGGUGUCUACGCAGCCACAAGUUCUCUACCUACUUGAUGCCGGCAUCGAUGUCUUGUUCUACCAAGGCAAUCUCGACCUCGCGUGCAACACGGCGGGCAACUUGAACUGGGCGAACUCGAUGCAGUGGAAGGGUCAGCCAGCUUUCGUUGCGCAAUCAAAGCGUAGUUGGGGAUUCGAAGACGGACAAGAGAUUGGGUGGUUCAAGGAAGUCAAGGUCAAGACAGCGAGCGGCAGGGAGACGACCUUUGCGAUGGGUACCGUGGAUGGGGCAGGGCAUUUGGUGCCGUUUGACAAGCCCGAGGAGGCGUUGUAUCUGACGGAGAAGUGGUUGGGGAAGAGGAGCUUUGCUUAG